GAAUAAUCAUCAAUCAUAACUGCUCAUUUCCAUCAUAUAUGCCGUUGUCUAUAAUUGAACAACUGUCUGUUUUAUUUACCCUUUAUUAUUUUCUGUCUCGAGUUUCUUUGAUUUUUACAAUCUUCUUUUUUUCCCCUUUUUUUGGCCCCUUUAUGCCUUUGCUAUUAGUAACUGUUUUCUCUUGGCUCACCGUAUUGUUUGUUUUCCUCUUCGUCACAGCAGCAGCAGGCCGGCGAUGCAAAGAAACGACAUGAUACUCACAAAUCAAGUGUUCUUCCAAGGCUAUCAUGGUCGUACGUUGAUUAUCGUCGGAGAAAGUAACUCACUUCCUUCCUCCCUCCCAGAAGAUAGCGAAUAUGACUGCUCAUUUUCCUACGCCCGCCUCCUACGCAAUUACCCGUCGGCGUCGUCUACACUACCAUUUAUUCCUUGCAGUCCUUCCCAUUUUUGCCACAUUUAAUGUUCCCAGUAUCAAUACAUCAUCCCCGCCGCGUCAUUCUGGCAUGACCGUUGCCAGCCGGGCGGCGCCACAACUGGCGAGGAUGGUGGGUGAUGGGCCUUCCGGGCCGUCUAAGUAGACGGCUUAUAGCGGCCGUCAGCAACGAUGGGUGCUCCGGAGUUGGCGUUUCUCAGCCCAGUGUCCAAGAGGAGGAUGAGCAGAUGGGGAGCACAAUAGAGGAAGAGGAUGCCAUCCAAGAAAUGACACAAUGAGGAAUGGGCUGGCUUUGCAAAACGCCUC